UUACUACUAGUAAGGCACUUGUUACUAGAAGCGAUGCACUUGUUACUAGUAGCUUCUUGUUACUACUAGUAAGGCACUUGUUCCUAGUAGUGUGGCACUUGUUACUACUAGCGUGGCACUUGUUACUACUAGCGUGGCACUAAAACGAGUCUUUCUGAGCAAAAUGAUGCGUCUACUGUCGGCCUGUCGGCAUGGGUCGGUGUAAUCGGUGUAAUCCACAUGUUCUUGCAUCCAUUCAGCAAACAUGUUCAACCAAGCCUAGGCAGGCUAGGUUUAGACGGUUUAGUUUUCUUGUAGGCUUUCAGUUCAGUUCUUAUCCAAAACGUUGACAAAGCAUAGGCUUCCAGAGCAAAAACAGUUCCUCUCGGCUAAGCAGUGCUGACAUGUGCGUGCGAUUAAAUGCCUCAGCACCUUCGGAGCGGAUUGAGAAGCUUUGGACCCUCCUCAUCCUCGUGCACAUCCUGAAGCAGAUGGCCUCCAACUUAUAUAGUAGCUUCUUGCUACUAGUAAUGGCCUCCAACCUUGCUUCUCUUCCGGAUUUCCUGCCGCGACCUGCUCCACAGCCAUAUGCUCCACGAACAUGUGAGGCUCAGGGUCCAAUCGACAAACCAUGCGGUCAUGCGGCCUCUUGACCAGAGUUGCGAGGUUUCUACGACCUCAUCCGCUGUCGGAGCAUCAAACCUUGCUAUCGACAUUGACACUGUUGCCCUUGCUGAUCAAGAGAUUAAACCGCUUGGAGACCAUCUCCGACCUUCGCUGUUUGGUUGUCUCCAGCAACUCCGAUGAGUAUGGACGUUUGGAAUUCACAGAGCCUCUGUUUCAAAAGGAGACCUAUGAUGGCCGGCGUCAUGCCCUGAAAGCCGAGCAAAGAUUGCUUGAGCGCCUCCUCCAUGAGAUGCCUUUGUGCCAUACGCAGGAGAGCUCUCCCAAGCUCCUCUCGAAGGUCGAGGUGGAGUGGGUUUUGGAGGUGGUGACCACAGCCACUGGGGCAGAGGAACCUUAUGACUAUACUCGCUUGGCAUGGCUUGGUGACGCUGUGGUUUUCCUCAUUGCUGUGGCCUUGGAGUACAAUCAGGAAACUCCAUUGGAGUCUCGUCAAAGGAAAGUAGCAGCACUGAUCUCCAACAGGUGCUUGUCAAAGGUGGCCUUGGCCUUGGGUUUGGACAGCUUCUUGAAUACAGUGCCCUUGGGGUCUCGGAAGGAGGCUCCGCUGCUGGGUCGCAAGGUGCCUGCAGACGCACUGGAAGCACUGCUCGGGGGGCUCCUGCUUAUAGGUGGCCUCCCCUUGUGCUUCAGAUUCAUGAGCUCCCAACCCUGGUUCAACACGGAGGAUGGUGACGGCUACUGUGUCCCGUUGGGCUCGGCGACACAGGCUUCUACCUGGCUGGGAGCGGCACUGGU